AGAUUUUGGUACAGCAAGGCUAUUUGUGGUGGAUCAAACUCAAGGCGACACAAGCAGGGUUGUUGGCACUUAGUAAGUGAUAGAUAGCAGCGUAUCUUAAAACAAAUCCGGUUAUAUUUCCCGUGCUCUUCUCCAUAUAAUCUGAAUAACUUGCAGAUAUAAAGGCACGGCAUAUUAAAUGGAAUUGUGUUGAAAGUCCUCAUUAUUCCUGUGAUGCAAUGGGUACAUGGCUCCAGAGUAUGCAAUGCAUGGAUUGUUCUCAGUCAAGUCAGAUGUCUUUAGUUUUGGGGUGUUGCUACUGGAGAUUAUUAGUGGUCAAAAAAGUAGCCGCUUCUGCAACGGGGAUACCACAGAGGACCUUCUUAGCUAUGCAUGGAGGAGUUGGAGGGAAGGGACCCCCUCAAAUCUCAAUGAUCCUAAUUUGGCCGAUGGCUCGAGGACCGAAAUGUUGAGGUGCAUUCAUGUUGGAUUGCUAUGUGUUCAAGAAAUUGAGGCCGAGAGACCAACCAUGGGUGCGGUGGUUUUGAUGCUCAAUAGUUACUCCACCACCAUGCCACUACCGUCGCGACCUGCAUUCAUUAUGCACAGCAUCCCUAAAUCUGACACAGCGUCGCGGGUGACGGCAACUCAUUCGAGUCAAUCUGAAAACGGACAAAUCCAAGAAUCAGUGAACGAGGCUUCAAUCACCGAGUUAUAUCCUCGAUGAUCACAGAUUGGAGUCUAAAUUUGUCUGAGUCUUCUGUUCCGUUGUGUUGAAUUCAUUUUCUUUCCUUUUGCUAGGAGAUGAGAUGUAUAUGAAACUUCCCACGAGUCAACUACAUUGUGAUAUCUUGUAUCUUAAGUUAUUCUCUACCUUUAAACUAUCUGAACCUGGAAGGAGACUGGAUGGAACGACAGGCAAUGUGUUAUAUCACUACAUAAUUUGACAUUUGCAUAUUUU